AUGCUGGUGGGCCUUCCACAGGGCGCCAGUGUGUCUCGAGUCCUGGAGGGCCAGAUGUUGUGCAGCAAGCAGAUCACCCGGUUGCUGUCGUGGUUGGGGCACGAAGGGCGCUUCGAUCUGGCGCUGGCAGCGUUUGACUGGCUGGACAGCUGCCCAGAGUACACAACAGCGGACCGCUUCCUCUACACCCGCCUGCUCUCCAUGUCAGCGCGCCAGCCCAACGGCGCAGUCAAGGCUCUGGAGUUCUUUGACCGCAUGUGCGCCGCCCGCAUCCGGCCGGACGUCGUGGCUUUCAACGCUGCUAUCGGCGCUGCAGGGAAGGCGGGGGACUGGGAGAGGGUGUUGCGGCUGUACGCGGACAUGCAGCAGUCGGGGGUGAAGCCGGAUGUGUGGACCUUCUCGGCGCUGACGGCGGCGUGCCAGGCGUGCGGCAACCGCUGGAAGGACGCCCUCAAGUUCCUGGACCAGAUGGAGAGCUCAGGCAUCAAGGGGAACGUGGUACUGUACACGACGCUGAUGAAUGUGUGCCGGCGCGGCGGGCAGCCCGAGCGUGCCAUGGCCAUCUUCAGGACCAUGGAGACAGAUGGUGUGCAGCUCGACGUGGUGGCGUACAACCAGGCGAUGGCGAGCUGCAGCUGGGAGCAGGCCUGGUCCUGCUUCAACGUCAUGCGCCGCGCCGGCGUGCAGCCCAACACCCGCUCCUACAACGCGCUGCUGGCUGCAUGCGAACGGGACGGGGAGGCGGAUCGGGCGCUGGAGGCCUUUGCGCGUAUGGAGCGUGAGGCAGCCAAAACGUACGGGUACGUGGAGCCGUCGGCAGUGACAUACAACACGCUGAUCAGCGCGUGCGGCAAGGCGGGGAAAUAUGCCGAGGCGCUCGAGGUGGCGGCCGUGAUGCGCACGCGCGGCCACACGCCCGACAGCUUCACCAUCUGCUCGUUAGUCAGCGCGGCAGGCGGCGCUGGCGAAUGGCGCUCCGCGCUCGCCACCUUCCAGGAGUUCUGCGCCGCCGGAGGGCGGCCGAACGCAGCGGCCUACAAUGCGCUGAUCCGAGCGCUGGGGCAGGGCGGCCAGCCGGCGCGGGCGCUGGCGGUCUUCAACGGCAUGCGCAGCGAGCUGCCACCGGCACCGGGCCGUGCCCCGGCACCGCCGCCAAAUGCGCGCUCGUGGGCGGCCGCGAUUGGGGCCUGCCGCGCCUGCGGCCGGUGGCGCGACGUGCUGCGGCUGUAUCAGGACAUGUGCGACUCGGGGCUUGCCCCGGACGGGCACACGCUGCAGAGCGUCAUCAGCGCAUGCGAGCGCGCUGGCGCCUGGGAGGAGGCCGACGCAGUGUUCCAGCGGAUGGAACAGGCGGGUCUGCUGGCGGACAUGGAUGGUUUGGCACUGGCAACGAGGCGGGUGCUGUAUGCGCUGCCGACACUAGUGGCAGGGCCCCUCAUGACAACCGCGCAUUUAGCAGUCGACUCCGGCCGCGCCGCGCGCCGGUGGAUCAACCGGCCGCCGCCCGCCACGGCCGAGUGA